AAGAACGUUCCUUCUACCGAUGAAAUGAAAUGGAAGCUGAUGAGGACACUGCCUCACAGACUGCGUCUGUGUCAGAGGACUGACAGAGAGGUCCAUAUGGUGCACGAGCUGCUGACCAUGAUGUCGAAUGCAGUGCAACGCUACAAGAGAAAGAUCCACCUGAGGAACUUGUACUCUGAGGAGAGUGUGUGGAGAUCGUACAUCAACUGUUGUGUGGCUCAGGCGCACUUAGCCCUUCUUUUUCAGGACCUUGACCAGAUGCCUGGAGGAUCCACGCAGCAAAGAUACAGCCAGUUUGACCCCUUCUGGUUUUCUCUGGCCCACUCUGGUGUCCUGAUGAAGAGGGCCUCUCAGUCACAGUCCUCUUCUGUACACAAUGCAGCCUCAGGGGGGGCCUCGUGUGAUUCCCAGCAAAGAGAAGAUCAGCAAAGAGCGGUCAGAAGUGACGACUCUACCAAGGAAUCCUAUAAGGAGGAAGAGCAAACAGAGACGCGGAGAUUUGAUUCAGCUUCUCUUCUGGACUCCGUCCGAAAAGCUGCUUUAUGUCUUCGCAGAGCCAUGGUGCUGGCCCAUCGUGGACACCACUGGACACUUCUGCAGCAUGUGUGUCACAUUGUGUGGGACCAGAAUCACAGGAUCACUACAGUGAUACAGCGAGCUGCUCAGUCUGAAACUCCUCCUCCUGUCUCAAGCAACCAGCUGAGCGCCCUCUUCACUCCUCUUCUMGUGCUGGCUGCUGAUGUCAUCAUYGACAUGAUGAGGAAACUACAGCCUUGGAGUUUAUAUGACGCUGAUCUGACUUGGGAGGAACUGGAGUCCAGUCUUCACUACUCCGCCUCAAUAGAUGACUGCACGCAGGUCGACCUGCGCUGGGUUCGCACGUUGGUGUUGCACACUCUGGAGCUGCUUCAUGAUGGCGGCAAAUGGGAAAGCCUGGCCCACUUUGCCUUACUUUUCAACUCAUACACUCGGGAACGUUAUUCUUUGAUCAUAACUCCUCUGCUGGUUAAAGCUCAGAGGAAGUUGCUUGAAAGAAUUAGUUCUUUGGAAGGACCUGAAGUCCCUCAGCCGCACCAUGUCAYGACAGAGAAACACACUGGUGAAGAAAUAAAUUGCAGAAGUUACGCAGGCUGCCAGCUGCUCAGUGGGUGGACUCCUCACUCUGCAAAAGAGGCCGCACAAACAAACUCCACUCGUAAACACGCAAAAUCACUCAAAGCUUUUAGGAAAUCAGAGCAGCAGCUCUCCAUGAUGCUGGUUUGUGUUCCUCUCGACGUGGAUGACACGCUGACAUGUUAUCGUCAAGUCCUCAAGAAAACUCCACGGUGUCUUCAAGUCUACCAGCACAGUAACCUGUUACUGAUGCAGUUUCUAGCACACACACAACCCUGCUUUGCAGUACGGCUGCUACGCUGUCAGAGCAGAGGUCUCACCUGUGAGGCAAGCCAGGUGAGCUCCAGCCCUGCUGUUAUGAGGAUACCAAAGAGCUUACCUUCUCUACAUGAGGACUUUAGUGCUCCAGAUGCAAUCUAUAGCCUUCCGAUCAGCCCUGACUACGUGUCGACUGUUGCUGCUGCUUUGUCCAACUCCAGCCAGUMUCUCAAGGGGAACGGUCAUGACUCACUCAGAGCUCUGACUCUACAUGAAAUGGGAAACCUACAGUUGUACACUGGAAACAGACGCGCUGCACACUCGUCCUGGAGCAAAGCUGUUGAUUGUAUCUUCCAGAGCACAGGUGUUGCAAAGAAAUGGGAUGGUGUGUAUUUCACAUGUGACUCCUUGCGGAAAACUGUAAAACAAGCAGGUGUUUGGGGAUGUUUACAGGCUGCUGUGCUCACAGCAAAACAAGCACGAUACAUUUUUACUUCUGAUGUCAGUCAGAAGACCAAGACUUGUCUGCUGUCUGCUCAUCUUUUUAAGUGUGUGCUGUGUUGCACGGCUCAGCCGCAGUCCGACCUGCAGUAUGCCUCCCACAGCAUCGAGGAUGAGCUGCUCCCUGGAGUCGACCUUUUCGCUGAGCCACGCAGGCUUAAAUUCGGCGACACUGUAGCAAGUCUCAACUUUAUUUGCCACUGGCUCUUCUCCGCAGGCUACUACAUCACGCUUCUGCCCAUUUUGACCCUUUACGUGUAUUUAGUUGCACAUGUGGGCCGAGAUGUGCGGCGCACUGUUGAAGGCAAAUUCCUUAAGGUACGCACUCUGACUGAACUGUGUUUGUUCACUGAAGCUAUAACAGAAACAGUUCAGCUCACUCAGGGAACAGGUGUCAUUCUGCCUUCUGGUCACUUGCUUAAUACAAAUCCCCAGCAUGUGAAGACUUUCCACAGUAACCAGCCUCUUCUGGAUAAUUUGGAGGGUUUGGAAAACCUGAGCUGUGACUUUACACCUCGUGUUCGCUCGCUGUAUGGCUCCACGCUGUUCAUCAAAAUCACCCUCGCUCGGGUUCAACUAAUCCUGGCGCUCGCUGGCACGGUUCACGGCCAUCCUGUGCCAGGUCUCCAUACAAGACUUCCUGUUCUUUAUUUAUAAUGGUUGUCAUGUUUCAAUAAGGUGAUAUUUCAGUUUAAAGUAUGAACCAAAUAGGAACAUCAGGGCAGGACAUACUAUAUUCUAAAUGUUUACACUCACUGAAAUUAACAUGAAGUGAAAAUGUUGUUCUUAUUUUGAAAAAAAAAAAAAAAA